AUGGCGAACGCCCUAGGCAAAAUCUACAAGUGGGCCAUCCCAACCGCCGUCGGCUUCUCCCUCAUCCAGGCCUCCAUCUACGACGUCAAAGGCGGCACCCGCGCCGUCAUCUUCGAUCGGAUAUCAGGUGUCAAGGAAGACAUCAAGAACGAGGGCACACACUUCCUGAUCCCGUGGCUGCAAAAGAGCAUCAUCUACGAUGUGCGGACACGGCCGCGCAACAUCUCCACAACGACGGGCAGCAAGGAUCUGCAGAUGGUGAGCUUGACGCUCAGGGUGCUACAUCGGCCGGAAGUCAAGAUGCUGCCCAAGAUUUAUCAGAACCUCGGCCAAGACUACGACGAGCGCGUCCUCCCCUCCAUCGGCAACGAAGUUCUCAAGGCCAUCGUCGCCCAGUUCGACGCCGCCGAGCUCAUUACCCAGCGCGAGGCCGUCAGCAACCGCAUCCGCGCCGACCUGCUCAAGCGCGCCAACGAGUUCAACAUCGCCCUUGAGGACGUCUCCAUCACGCACAUGACCUUUGGCAAGGAGUUCACGCGCGCCGUCGAGGAGAAGCAGAUUGCACAACAAGAAGCCGAGCGCGCGCGCUUCAUCGUCGAGAAAGCCGAGCAGGAGCGCCAGGCGAAUGUUAUCCGGGCGGAGGGUGAGGCCGAGGCGGCGGAUACGAUCUCGAAGGCGGUCGCGAAGAGUGGCGAUGGGUUGAUUAUGAUUCGGCGGAUUGAGACGCAGAAGGAUAUUGCGCAGAUGCUGGCGGGGAAUCCGAAUGUGUCGUAUCUGCCGGGUGGGGGGUCGUCGGGUGGCCAGGGACAGUCGGGAGGCAACUUUUUGCUCGGACUGAGAUGAGGGGUUGAUCCAUGGAAGUGCGUUGGGAGAGGGUAAAAGCAUGGAUUGGCGUAAUGCUGUAUUAUAGUGUCCUUAGGGCGGGAGCGCGGUAUGCUUCAUUGUAUCCUAGGGAAUCC